CCGAUGGACACGUUUCCGGAACAGCGGUAUUGCAGCAUGAAGAAGGAGCAAGUUGUCAACUGUCAGUUCUCUGUUUGGUAUCCGAUAUUUAAGAAACACACGAUAAAAAGUCUGAUUCUUCCUUUGCCAGAGAAUGUAAUAGAGUAUUUACUGGACGAUGGGACAUUGGUAGUCUCUGGAAGCGAUCACACGCAGCCGAGCCCAACAACCAACAGCGAGUUGGAUGCUGAAGACGAUGUUCAGUGGUCAGACGACGACACAACAGCCACGGUCACUGCUCCUGAGUUCCCAGAAUUCACCACCAAAGUGCUUGAGGCCAUAAACAAUCUGGGUGGGCGCGCCUUCCCCAAACUCAACUGGAGCGCCCCCCGGGAUGCAAACUGGAUCGCUCUGAACAGCUCGCUGGAGUGUCGCAGCCUCAGUGACGUUUUUCUGCUCUUCAAAAGUUCCGACUUCAUCACUCACGACCUCACACAGCCAUUCCUUCAUUGCAGUGACCAAGACUCCCCUGAUCCGCUCAUCACAUAUGAGCUGGUCCUGAGAAAGUGGAGCGAACUAAUUCCUGGYGGAGAGUUUCGCUGCUUCGUCAAAGAGAACAAGCUGAUUGCGAUUUCCCAGAGGGACUACACGCAGUUUUACCACCACAUCCUGAAGCAGGAGGAGCACAUCUCUGGGGCCAUCCAGGCCUUCUUCCACCAGCACAUCCAGUACAACUUCCUGGAUGAAGACUUUGUGUUUGACGUCUACCGAGACUUCCAGGGAAGGGUGUGGCUCAUCGACCUGAACCCCUUCGGCGAGGUGACGGACUCGCUGUUGUUCAGCUGGGACGAGCUGACGUCCGGGGGAGAGRUCGCCCAACAGCAGCAGCAGGAAGGSCCAGCCUUUCGCUACACGACGAGCGAGGUGACGGUGCAGCCCAGUCCCUGCCUGAGCUACAGAAUCCCUCGGGACUUUGUCGACCUCUCCACUGGAGAAGACGCCUACAAACUCAUGGACUUCCUCAAACUGAAGAAAAGCCAACAGGAAGAAUCUGAGGAUGAAGAAGAGGAGGAGAGUCCUCCACAGUGACGUCAGCUCUUCAUGUUACAUUUGCAUGAAGUAACUGUUCAUUUGUUUGUUUGUUUUUCGCUGUUUGUUUCAUACUUGUCCCUCAGCCUGCUUAAGUCAAACAUUAGAAAAGCAGAUCAUGUUAAGGCAGUGAAUCACGUUAACAACUUCUUCGGGAUUGAUUUGUAUGUUUUUGCUGACCCAGCAGUGUUGAUUAAAGCGUGUGGAGGGUGGCGUUACCAUACUGUACAAGAAGAAUUCUUCUUUUAUACUUUAAAGUAAAUGUGUUUUAUAGAUCACAAGUUUGAACGGGACUGAUGAGUUCCUCCGCUCUGAAACUGAAUUACAGACAAACGUGCUUUCUGUGUUCAUUCUUCUGCAUUUAGUCACCUUUGAUUUUUCWAUUUCCACACAGGAGUUUGGACACAUUUUUAUUGCUCUCGGCUGCUCCAGGCAUUUUUUCUAUAUUAAUUUUUUUUUGUUUUUUUCUUACCCAUCCUGCAUCCCUAUGGACAUUAGCUCCAUCCCCCACCCCCCACACCACAACAAAACCCCAUUAAACUUCUUGUCAUAUAUUGAGUGGCUGUCAGUCUGGUGGGUGCAGUAAACAAGCGCAUAAGAUAUUGAUUGUGCCUUUACGCAACAGUUCUCAUUACACUGGGAGCUAAAUGAGUCGUGUGUAUGUGGCACGGAGGAGUUCAUUUUGUUUUUAUUUUUUUAUAUUUUUUUCAAACUGGAUUGAUGGAGCAAUUACGUGGAGACGGAAAGAGCGCAACCGUGCUGAGAGUUACAGCUCCCCCCCGGUGAACCGCUGUGGACAGGAAACAAUGAGCGAGGCGCAGAGCGUGUGAAUGUUUUAUGCUAAUUAUUGUGCUUAUGAAAAUGAAAUUUGGCUGCUAAUAUACAGCCCAGGUAAGAGAGGCAUCCUGGUUUGACUUGGAGAUCCUGGACAGUUUAGGUAAAAAAAAAAUUAGAUGCACCUUUUUUUUUGUCAAAUUUUCAUUAUAAURAACUAUUACUAUAACACAGUGGUAGAAGCUACAAAGUUGACCAUGAAUUUGCCCAUCAGCUGAAGUUUGGCCCAAACUGGGUCAUUAAAUAAAAUGACCCAAAACAUAGCAGCAAACCUACUGGUUAAAAACACAAAAAAUAUGAUUUAUCCAAUGUUAGACAACUGAAGCAACACUAAAGAAGAUUGGGCCAAAAUCCACGAGAGCGACUGGUCACAGAAGACACUUAAAAUUGGCAAUGUUAGAAAAUGAUCAUUUGUGAAYUCUGUUUUUAACUUUAACUUUAUUUUUUCUUUGCUUAACAAGUAAUAAAACACUGAUUAGUCACAUGC